CGAAUAUCGAAAAUGAAUCGGCAGCCGAAAUUGGUGAGACUCAUUGGCACUCGGUCCCCUAGGUGGCUUGCAGGGACAAGGACCUUCAAAAUCAUAACCAGCCCGCUGCAACCGACUGGGGUAAUGAUCCACCGGAAUUGGCCCAUGCUUUUUAACAUUUUUAACAUUUCCAAAUCACAUAUGUUUCAUUAUGAAAGACAUCAAUUGAUUCACUGUGAGUGUUUCCAAUCAGCUGAUCUUUUCAGCCACAGCUCAAUCUUCGCCGCUGAGUGUUUGGAGGAAACCAUCCCAUUGCUCUGGUUCGAGAAUUCUUAGCGCUUGGACCGGCGGCUGUCGGCGUCGGCAUCGGCAUCUCUUAUCAUCAACAUCAAACCUCACUCGAACUCUAGAGCUCUCGAUCAUCUCUGCGCCUUCUUGCGCAGCCACUCGCAAAUGGAUGGAGUCGGUCCUACAUCCACGUUCCAGCAAUGACAGCCCGAAGAAUGAGCUUGUCGGAGCCAAGUAUCCACUCAAUACGAAUACAUCACCACGAGGAUAUGAGGAACCGGGCGGCGAAUCUCCUGUGACAUCCCCCAUCACUUCACCGCCCUAUUGGGUGCAGUCGCACCAAAGAUCAGCCUCGGCCAUAUCUAUCGAUUCGAUACCGAAUGGCGCCAUAACAUUACAAGACAAUACAGAUGGGGCAGAUGCGAAGAACAAAGCGUGUUGGGCAAAGAGUGUAUAUAUUGAGGACCAUGUCGUUAUCAACGGCAGCAGAACCGGGAUUGGCGCAUUCGUCGUUUGGAACAUCACCGUGGAGACUCUGCAUGGUGGCACCAUGCGCAUUCGAAAGCGGUACUCCGAAUUCGACGAUCUGCGAAACAAACUCCUGCAAACCUUUCCCUUCUCCGCAGCGGCUAUGCCACCUCUACCUCCCAAGAGCGUUAUCUCGAAAUUCCGACCCAAAUUUCUCGAGAAUAGAAGGGCGAAAUUACAAUACUUCCUUAAUUGCAUCCUACUUAACCCGGAAUUCUCUGGGUCUCCCGUACUAAAGGAGUUUUUAUUCUCAUAGAGAUAGUUGGAAAGCGUUAAAUCUUCCGUCCUCCAGGAGUCGUGUCCUCGAAGAGAUACUUGGGACCUUGUACACUGGAUAUAUAUUGGUCAUACAAGGAUUCAGACUGAUCCGAAAGGGAACCUUUCAGAGCCGGCCCUUCUAACAUACUACAUAAUGAUAAGCACUAUACCCUAGCUUCUGCAAAUCAAUUGGUUCGUACUAUUCUCC